UGUUGGAGAUGUAAAAAAAAAACGGAGAGAGGAGGAGGGGGAGGGAAAACACUAAAGGGGGUAGCUAUGGAGAUAGAGCGUUUUCCUGGCUGCUUUCUUUGACAGGUGUUGAGUGGGGUAAAAGUCUUAAAACAGAAUCCAGCAUGUACGCCAAAGGUAAAGGAGCUGUCGUCCCUUCUGAUAGUCAAGCGAGAGAAAAGUUAGCUUUAUAUGUGUAUGAGUACUUGCUGCAUGUUGGCGCACAGAAAUCAGCACAGACCUUCCUGUCAGAGAUUCGAUGGGAAAAAAAUAUCACAUUAGGAGAGCCUCCUGGAUUCCUGCACUCAUGGUGGUGUGUAUUCUGGGAUCUGUACUGUGCAGCUCCAGAUCGACGGGAGACAUGUGAACAUUCCAGCGAGGCCAAGGCUUUCCACGACUAUAGUGCGGCAGCAGCUCCCAGUCCUGUGAUGGGCAACAUGCCGCCCAAUGACGGCAUGCCAGGAGGACCCAUGCCUCCCGGUUUCUUUCAAGGCCCACCCGGGUCACAACCAUCACCACACUCACAGCCCCCUCCACACAACCCCAACAACCCCAUGAUGGGGCCACACGGCCAGCCUUUCAUGUCUCCACGGUACCCAGGUGGACCCCGCCCAUCACUCCGCAUGCCAAAUCAGCCUCCCGUUGGAGUCCCAGGGUCACAGCCGCUCCUGCCAAACAAUUUGGACCCCACCAGACCGCAAGGACAUCCAAACAUGGGCGGCCCGAUGAGGAUGAACCCACCCAGAGGAAUGGGAGGCAUGGGCCCACAGAACUACGGCGGUGGAAUGAGGCCUCCUCCAAACUCUCUCGGUGGUCCUGGAAUGCCUGGUAUGAACAUGGUUCCGGGAGGUCGGGGGCCUUGGCCUAACCCUAACGCAAACUCGAUAGCAUACUCGUCUUCAUCACCAGGAAACUAUGUGGGGCCUCCAGGAGGUGGCGGACCUCCAGGAACUCCCAUCAUGCCAAGCCCAGGAGACUCGACGAAUUCCAGUGAAAACAUUUACACGAUGAUGAAUCCAAUCGGCCCUGGUGGCAACAGACCGAAUCAGUUCCCAAUGGGGCCGGGGCCCGACGGUUCGAUGGGUGGAAUGGGAUCGAUGGAGCCGCACCAUAUGAACGGUUCUUUAGGCUCGGGUGAUAUGGAUGGGUUGACAAAGAACUCUCCGAACAACAUGGCAGGUAUGAAUCCCCCAGGAACUCCGCGGGACGACGGGGAGAUGGCAGGCAACUUCUUAAACCCAUUCCAAAGUGAAAGUUAUUCACCCAACAUGACGAUGAGUGUGUGAUUUUUCUGUUUUCUUUUGUUUUUAUUUUUCUAACCCAUCCCCCAUCCCACUUCCUGUUAUCCUCAUCUCUGCUGCGUUUGGCAUGUUGUUGUUUUUUUUUUUUUUUUGCUCGAUCUUCAACUCCCCAAACUCUCUCAAACACUCUGUGCUGGCGCGAUGGCGCCUUUCAGCCACUCGGCGUGGCCACAGAGCGAAGGACUCCCAGUACAAAGCCGAAAGAAAGCAGGCAUCGGGCCUCCUGACGGACUCAACUUGCCUGCCAGGCUUCGUCACUGGAUCGGGACACUAAGGGCCCCCGAUUAAACCACCGUGUGUGUGUGUGUUUGUACAUAUGCGCGUGUGUGGGACUGUGCCAGGAAGACACUUCAUAACUAUCCAUGUUUUCUCUAUUUUUAUUUUUAUUUUUUUUUUGUCAGCAAUGAAACACUGAAACUAGCGGUUGUUUUGAUUGCUGUGUACAUUUUAAAAUGGAAAAAGCUAAAGUGGUGACGCUGGGGGCAGGAAUGGUCUCAUUACAAUAUAUUUGUAUAUUAUUGAUAAUAUUAUUGUUAUAAUUUUCAUAAUUGCUAUGAUGAUGACUCAUAAUUUUAUGGAUUUUCCUGUAAAGGGCACAUUUGUAUCUCAACAACAUCAAUGAUCGAAUAAGCACACAUUCAAAUGCACAAUGACACUUCUGUUUACAUGAUUUUAGGUAUUUUUAUGUCUCUUCGUUUGAGUUUGUUUCGUCAGAUUUCUGCAUAUACCUCUUCCUGUGUUCUGAUGCCAUCACUACCGAGAUGUAAAACCUCAGUUUUUGUGUCUCUAUAAACAAAAAGUGGCUACAAUCACUGGUUUAAUGCAUCAGCACUGUAUUAAAAGAUUGGAGUACAUUUCGAAGUCUAAAAGGGUGACGUUGCAUAUUCACUGCCAUCUAUUCUUGCCUUGGUCAUGAACGGUCAAUAAUAAUACAAUUUACCAUCCAUUCUAGGUGAUUUGCCACUGACAGUUACGAUAUCAUUCGUGUUCAUUGUAAUUUUGCCACUAUGUGUUUGCCACGUUGUUUUCCAAGUCUUUUUAGAAAUAUUAUACCCACGUGUUUGUAACAGUAGUUUGAGGCAGGCUGCUUUUACAAGCACGAGUUUCCUUGUGCUCUAUAGUCCCAUGUCUGUAAAUAUCUCCUUUUUUUUUUUUUUUUGGUCAUGGACCUUAUUGGUAUUUUCAAUACACUACUUGUCUGUGAAGCUCA